CUGCUAUUGCGGGCUUAAUUUUUUGAAAUCAAGAUAUAUUCGUUGAAAUGUCAAUACAAAUGUUGACUGGUAAAAAUCCUUGUUGUAAAAUAACGUUCGGAAACAUUGUUUUCUUUUUUACAAAAUUCGUUAUUUGGAUUCGAACUCUUGCGCAGAAUCAAAAUGACCGCCGUAAGGCGCACUUGUAAUCUUAUUUCGACUCUAUACUGAUUUUUGGAACUCGUUGAAUAUCAAAUGUUGUUUCACGUCAAACAAAAUGACGGCUGGAGUGACUGAAGUAUAACUCUAUCUUCAACUAAAUACUAAUAAUCGAUAAUUUAGCCCACAAACAAGUAAUGUAUAAGUUUGCGUAUUUCAGUUCAGUCAUACCCUUCGCAAGGGUUCUCGAGUAAUUUAAAAUUCUCAUUAUAAUGCUGAAAACAUUGGGUCCAGUUCUUGAUACACUACAAUAAUUAGUAGCUAUUUUAAUGUUUUUAUAUUCGAAUUUAUUUUCAAUGUAACGUUUCCUUCUGCAGCGUAGGGUGCGACCUUAAAGCAUAUACUAAUACAGGUAGCUUCGGAUGUGCAGAAAGUGUGACGGAGGAGUGAAAGAGUAAAGUAUUUGCUUGUUAUAACCUGUCUCUCUCGCUCUGCACCCAAUUGAUCGAUACGUUUCCCCUCAACUAAUCAAGCGUAGAGUGAGAGAAACGGAGUAUCCCGAAUACAUAUCUCGAUCUCAUCACUUGGCUGCAGUUUCACGAGAUUGAUGGCGUGUGUAGUUACCGCGGCAUACAUGCAGGUCUAGGAACUCCGGUGGUGGGGGUAUGUCCUCUUAUUGAAGCACCGAUCGUUUCGCCCAGUGACCACGAGUGUCGCUGCGAUAGGGGGAUGCAGGAUUCAGGAUGCUGAAAUUUUGACCGAGUUUCUAGACCUGUAUGUAAGACCGUGGUAGUUACCUCCGGUAGUAUAUGCUCUAAGGAUGCGACUAGCAUAUACAUCAUAUACAUAUGUAUGAAUAGACAAACUGUACCCACCCAUGGACAUAAAUGUAAUCACUGUUAUCAAACACCGGCGAUUCGCGCAUGCGCAGAAUUUCCUUACUGAAUAUGACAAGUGUGUAAGUGGGUGCGUGUGAACUGUGAAAACCGACAGCGGUUAGCCGCUACUUGCCAGCAUCAGUGUAUGUAUCAACUAUCAGCAUAGCUUUCCGCGCGUCCAGUUCAGUGUUUACCGUUUGUUGAUAGCGGUGCUUUUCGACCCGUCGAGAAAAAUGUUGCGAUCUCGGACGGCAGCGAAAGGGGUUUCAUUCCUCCGGAGUGGGGAUGACUUGUUGGAGUAAAAUCUUCGUACACAAGUCUAAAGUAAUAUCCGGUUAAUGUGCGCGAUGCAUUUCGCUCUGGAUAUUUUGAUUUUUGGUGCCCUUUUCGCUGUCGCACAAGCAGAAACUACCCAGCCAUGGUACGAAACACUUCCCGCUGUUGCUAUGGAUUAUAAAGUUCACAUAGAUCCCGGCAAAGAAGACUGCUACUUUCAAUAUGUCAAUCCGGGAGCAACUUUUUAUGUCAGCUUUCAGGUGUUGAGAGGCGGAGACGGAAUGGCAGGCUUUGCUGUUAGGAAUCCAACAGGGCAGAUAGUAUAUCCUUACCAAUGGCGAACAAGCGCUGAUUAUCAGGAUCAAUCUGCCACUGGAGGUUACUAUAGUGUUUGCAUCGAUAAUCAAUUCUCCAGAUUCGCGUCAAAACUGGUUAAUCUUUACUUAACUGUGAUAAGAUACGAUCAAUGGGAUAAAUUCACAAAAGAACUCAACGAGUUGAAUCUAUCUGUUGAAAAUUUCACGAGAACAAUUGUUGGAGUUGAGAAGAAUAUCAAUGAGAUGCUGCAAAUUCAGCACUUGAGUCGGAGUCGCGAGGCUAGAGACAUAAAUUUAUUAUUGGAUAAUAAUUCCUAUGUACAAAAUUGGUCAAUCGCACAAUUGUUAGUGAUAACAGCAACAACGACGCUGCAAGUUUACUUCGUAAGGAGAUUAUUUGAAGUGAAGCCGUCCGGAUACUCGAGAGUACGGAUAUAAGUAUAUCCGCGAAAAAACAAUCGACUGAAAUAGUGUAGAAAUAAGAAUUGGCGGUGUUUUAUACUAGAAUAUAUUUCCACUGCGUUAUUCUCUUUGCAUACUUAACUGAACAUGAUCUACAUCUUUAUCUAUUCAACUCUGUGUCUACGUAAAAUUUUAAUAAUGUACGUAUACUUGAAAUGGCAAAUACUUAAAACUAUACUAGAUUACAAACAGGUCUGAAUAUCAACCGUUGCUCAGUAUACUGACAAAUGAACUGUGCCAAUUCUUGUGCUCACUAUACGUACUUACGGUUAUUCCGUUCAAGAUAAAAAAAAAAAGAAAAAAAAAAAACGCCUCACUGAAACGAAGUCAACAAUACGAUUCGAUUAUAUGUAAUGUCAAAUCAUCGCAUUCCAGUUUUUCAAAUUUUUUAAUUCAGUCCACGUGCUAAUGAAGCUUCUGGUACUAGGACAAACUUGUACUGAUCAUUUUAUGAAUUUAAUACUUUAGUUACUGGUGAAAUCAAUUUAUUACGGUUAUCUUUACUUACUACGUCACUCCAGUUCUACUUCCAAUAUUCGUUAUACGUAACUCUUAGAUUUUCCUGCCCGUCAAUCUAUACCCAUAAUCCCAUUCCCUUAUUCCUGAAUAAGCUUGAAAUUCUGUCAACUGAAAUAACAUAACUGAAGCCUCUUCAAUUUCUUCUUAAAGAAAACGAAAAAAAGACUCUUACGAAGAGUGGUCAAAGUGAAUCGAAUUAAAAGCAUUUUCCAUUUCACAAUUAAGGUCAUCAACCAUUCUACACUAUUAAGAUAAGUCCUAGAAUCUUAAAUUAUCAGAUUCUAGGUCUGGUGAUCGAAGGGUUAGGAUUUGCACAUGCGAAUCUAAAAUCUUCGUUUUACUAGAACGCGCCCCAAGUUUAGUAAUUAAGAAUAUUCUCAUAUGGGUACGUAUAUGUAUGGUAGAGCUUCAACUGUGGGCAUAAAAAUACAUACACGUACGAAAUCUAAAUUUAUAAUUGUAAAAAUGAUGUUGAAUAUCUGCAUAUGUCUAUAACUUUUUGAAAAAUUAAUAAAGGUUCACUUACUUUUGAUAA